CUCUGCCUGUGCCUCAGCUCGCGGGUGGUGGAGAUCCAGUCGCAGAUGUCGGAGCGUGCUGUGGAGCUGCUGGGGCUGCCCGAGGACCGUGCGUGCCUCCUCCUGGACGUGGGCUGCGGCUCAGGGCUGAGUGGGGAUUACAUCUCUGAGGAGGGUCACUACUGGAUCGGCAUGGACAUCAGCCCUGCCAUGCUGGAUGUGGCUGUGGAGCGGGAGGUGGAAGGAGACCUCCUCCUUGCAGAUGUGGGUCACGGCAUUCCCUUCAGGCCUGGCAUGUUUGAUGGCUGUAUCAGCAUUUCUGCAGUGCAGUGGCUCUGUAACGCUGACAAGAAAUCACACAGCCCCCCCAAACGCCUCUACAGAUUCUUCUCCACUCUUUACACUGCCCUGGCCCGAGGAUCCCGAGCUGUGCUGCAGUUGUACCCCGAGAACUCAGAGCAGCUGGAGCUCAUCACAGCCCAAGCCAUGAGAGCUGGAUUUACUGGGGGAAUGGUGGUUGAUUACCCCAACAGCGCCAAAGCCAAGAAGUUCUUCCUUUGUCUCUUUGUUGGGACCUCUGGCACAUUACCAAAGGCCCUUGGUACCGAGUGUGCCAAUGAAGAGCUGCACCAGGCAAAGUUCACCAAUGAGAGGACACGGUUCAGGAAUGUCAAGGGCAAGUCUGUGAAGAAAAGCCGGGACUGGAUCCUGGAGAAGAAGGAGCGUAGACGGCGCCAGGGCAAGGAGGUGCGAGCAGACACGAAAUACACGGGUCGGAAGCGCCGUCCUCACUUCUGAAUGGCUCUGGGCACUGCUGGCAUGGACAGUGGCAUGUGGGUGCCUCCAGCAAGCCUCCUGUGGAUGGCAGAGGUGGCACCCCAUGCCUGGGACUUGCUGGGACUGGUCAUUGUGGCCUUUGAAAGUACAAACUGGCUCAGGUGCUGCCAAACAGCGCAGCUUCCAGCCCUGUUUCCCUGGUGAAGGUGCAGACAGUGCUCUGGCCACUUGGGUGUCUGCAGUGCCAUCACUUACCCUUCCCUAGUGCAGUGAGCCAGCUGAGCUCCAGGUGAGCCAGGCCAUGAUAUCCAGUUCCUCACUAAAGAGUCAAAGAGUUGGAAGUGUUUGCUGGUCUCCUGCGUCCUGCCCUCCGUGCUGGGAGUACUGAGGUGGGAGCAUGGUACCUCGUGCCCUGCCAGCUUCCCCUCUGCCUGCAGAGGAUCCACACUGUCAAGGUGUAGAUCUAUGAGGACAAAGUUGCUCCUGGCACAGGUGUUAUUCCAGUUACUCCUGUUGGUGCUUGGCACCAAGUCCAUACUGUUUGCUUUAGUCCUUCCAGGGUAUUGGGGCUGACUGGACCCCCCCAUCACCUCUUCCCUUCCCUCGAAACAAUGAGAAGUGCCACCCAGAGCUUUACAGUUACAAAUGUUUAUUCUACAUAAAAAUUCCACAAAAUGGGAAGCUGUUUUGCACCCAAAGCCUUGGGAGAAGAAAGGAAUGCUAGCAGGGAGGGAAAGAGGGAAGGAGAAGAGAGGCAACAUACAGUGUCAUCCAGCCCAGUGAGACAGAGCAAGCCAGGGUCAAGAUCCACAUAGAAAACAAGGACACUUAGCUCACAGUACAGCAACAGUAGAACUCCACGGGGGGCUCGGAAAGCCUUCAAGUACAUUAAUUACAAAAAAAAAAAAA